CAGGACAGGACAAGUUUGAGGAGGGUGGAGUCGAGCUCUGCAAGUAACUUAUCAGUGGCGGUGAGCUUUCCCCUCUGUUGUUGGUGCUGAGCUGCUGGGUAGAUUGUAGUUACUCGAGUGAACCCAUUGGAGUGUUACGUAAUCUGAAAAGAGGAGGAAACAUCUCCAUUAACGGGAGUAAAACUGGAAGAACAGCUGAAACAGACGCCUACAGCAAAAUGUCACUGGAAACAGAGAAGAUGAAAGAAUCUCGGCCAGAACUGUUUGAUUUCCAUGGAGUCCCAAUGAUUCACUAUUUUACGGACAACUGGGAAAACAUCCAAAACUUUGAGGCCAGACCAGACGACAUUCUUAUUGCAACAUACCCCAAAGCAGGAACCACAUGGGUCUCCUACAUCCUUGAUCUGCUGUACUUCAGUCAGACGUUUGCCGACCGCCAGGCGUCCAUCCCCAUCUAUAACAGAGUGCCGUUUUUAGAAUUCGAAGUCCCGGGAAUAGGCUCAGGAAAGGACCUGGCCGACCACCUUCCCACCACUCCUCGACUCAUCAAAACUCAUUAUCCUGUUCAGUUUGUGCCAAAGUCCUUUUGGGAGCAGAACUGCAGGGUGGUCUAUGUAGCCCGCAAUGCAAAGGACAACAUGGUAUCCUAUUAUCACUUUGACAAAAUGAACAUGAUCCAACCAGAGGCUGGAGAAUGGAGCAGCUUCUUCCAGAGGUUCAUGGAUGGGAAAAUGGGUUUUGGCUCCUGGUACGAUCAUGUAAACGGCUGGUGGAAGAAGAAACAGACUUAUUCAAAUAUCCACUACAUGUACUUUGAAGAUUUGGCCGAGGAUACCGGACGGGAAAUAGACAAACUCUGCUCCUUUCUGGGUAUUUCUCCUUCAGCUGAUGUGAAGGACAAGGUUGUGAGUGGGGUCCAGUUUGAUAACAUGAAAAAGAACAAGAUGGCCAACUACUCCACAAUCCCGGUUAUGGAUUUUAAGAUUUCUCCCUUCAUGAGAAAAGGGAAGGUUGGUGACUGGAAGAACCACUUCACCGUGGCUCAGAACCAGGUGUUUGAUGAAGACUACAGGAAGAAGAUGAAGGAUCCCACACUGCAGUUCCGAAAUGAAAUUUGAACACACAAAAGUAACGGUUUGGGAUUGACUGAACCUUGAAUAUAAACAAAUAAAGGAAAUCAUUUUGACUACUAGACUGCAAAGUGGAAGCAGACCUGUGGAGUUUGUUUUGUCUCAUUUCAGAUGUCUGAGUGGUGAUUUAUAGAAUUAAUGUUCUAUGUGACAUUUUAUAUCUGCAAUAAAAGAUAAAAUCUU